CACAUGCUACCGUGCCGCACGCGGUGAUCUUUAUAAAAGCCGAUUGCAUGCGCAUCACUUGGACAUUUUCAAACUCUCGAGCGAACGACACUACCCGGCUUUUUUCUUUCCAGAGCUGAUAAACUGCAAGUUCGUUAAGAUUUACAUAAACUGGUCUGUUAACCGUUUUGUAUGGAUGUGCGUUUCGGCGCAUUAGUGAAAAUAUUUUGGUCAGAUUCCUAUAUAAACAUUAAGAGUCCGUCUGGGUCCAUUUUUGUGUUUGUGUGUUUUUAAGGCGAAGGCCAUUCGGGCAGAUCGAGACGGGCCGCGCUAAUUAUAGCAUCCCCGUCAGCAUUGGACUAUUCCAUCAAGUGGACACUGUUAAGAUAACGAGAGGCACACUAUGGCAAUAAUCCCUGAAAGUGAACGCCAGCAUUUGGCCCAGUUAUACGACUUCGGUCACCGUCCUCGUCACCGUACCGCCAGCACAUCGUCCAACAGUCCGGACAGCACGGGGUCAUCGCGGGACUCAUCGGAAACCCGCUACAAACAGAUCCGCAAACAAUCCUCCCCCGCCUAUUUGUCGGCCGGCAGCAGCCAUUAUCCGGCCACCGCCAAGAGCACACCCUCCCCAGUCCGUUCACCGGUCUCCCUGACCUCUUCCAACGGCCACCAUCGUCGCUCCCAGUCGGUACGGGUGCCGGGCGGACGCUAUAAAGCAAAUAAACCGGCGCCGCUCAAUCUCGACCUCCUGUCGCUGGAUGCCGCCCUGACCCGGCCGCGAGCCAGUUCGACGUUCGUCGACAAAGGUCAAGACGAUGCCGCGGGCCUGUACCGGCUGCGCAAUUUCGAAGUGACCUCCAAGGGCGUGGUCAAUCGCGGCGAUUCAUACCGGGCCAAGAGUUACAGUUCCCUGAACACGCCGGUCCACAAUGGAACGUUUAUGGAAUUCCCCCGGGGUGAGCGGCUGUCGGUGUCCAGUGCGUAUUCCACCGGGGAGACAAGUCUAAGCGGAGAGACCAAUUCACCGCAGAAUCCUCGCUAUAGGGUGUUGAUGUUGGGCGCGCCAGGUGUGGGAAAGUCAGCAUUGACUAAUCAGUUUUUGACGUCCGAAUACAUGAAUGCCUACGAGACAUCGUUUACGGUAGAUGACGAAAUGACCACAGAGAAAUCCGUCUCCGUCUUACUGGAUGCCGUGGAAUCUGAAUUGGAUUUCAUAGAUCCGGACCCAACCGCAUCUUAUAUGGAUGAUAAACUGUGGGAAUCCAACCCGGUGGACGCCCACGUUAUCGUGUACAGUGUGGCCGAUCGAUCGUCCUUCGAAAAGGCUAUUGAUAUCCUGUUUGAGCUGAAGCAGUCCGAAGUAACCAAGCAUCAGGCCAUUAUUCUCGUCGGCAACAAAUCCGAUUUGGUCCGUGCACGAAUCGUUUCCAAAGACGAGGGCAAGUCCAUCGCAGCGUCCUACGACUGCAAAUUCACCGAGACUUCUGCCGGACUCAAUCAUCAAGUCGAUGAACUAUUGGUGGGGAUUCUCUCGCAGAUCCGCCUGAAGGAGAAGCAGUCGGCCAAGAAGAACAAGAACCGGAAAGUGUUGAAGUACAAAGGCCGCGCCAAGGAGAAACGCUCGCUAACCAGCAGCUACGAGAAAGCCAUGGGUUUGCUAUCGAAGCUGCUUUCGCGGAACAGUCUUUCCAAAUCCUGUGGAAAUCUCCAUGUGCUAUAAAUUAUUGAUGUGGCAUCGACUCUCCGAGACACCGCGGGCCUGGUUUUGUCCCGAGGGGAAACGGACAGGACGAUAAAUUUCGACAAAAUGUUCUCUAUUACUCUUUGUAAAUGACCACAUUUAUUCAGUGGUGUAAAGCGUCGGGAUGGAAGGAUGGAGGGAGAAACGUCAACAGAACACGGCAUGGCAAGCACAUGGCCGCUUGGCACUCGGCAACGUUUGUGUGCAAGUUCAAAAAACUCGCACACACAGAGACACACGGAUAUAGAUCCGGUUUGCGGCGGCAAUCGCGCGCGGGGACCAAUCACACAUCACGGAAAUGUCAUGAGCUACAAAACUCCUGGACUUAUGGGUAUAUUAAUGGCACUGGCAAUUAACCAACCGACGACGCAUGUUAUCCAUGAUGUACAAUCACGUUCGCACGCCAGCUACUCGUCUCAUUAUCGCCUUUCGGCCAGAGCGAACAAAACCGCAAAGAACUCUUGGCUUUAUUUUUAGCUAAAACCACUGUGCGUGUGUGUGUUGUUUUUUUGUUGGCACAAGCCGUUGGGAUGAAAGUGAGAUGGGCAGAUAAAGAUAAAUUGAUACGUAUUGAAUUUUUGGAAUUGUUGUUUCUGGUUUGAGUUGACGACCGACGACGCUCAAGGCUGACAAACGGCUGAGGUUCGGACUUUUUGGCUGGUGUGUGUGUUUCCGUCACAGAACCGAUAUUUUUAUGCUUGUACAUACUAACUUAAAUAAUUUUGAAUGGGUUGGCUUGGGUGAGUUACUGACCGGAAGUGUGCUUCUCUUUUGCGCGGCUCAAAAGGCCAUGUGUAUUUUGUACAUAUGUCAAGAUCAUCGCCAAAUUGGCUAUUUUACGUUUGUACGCUCGCUUGUCUUCUGUCAACAAACUGUUCAUCGGAUACUGCUCCAUUAGUGAAAUUAAUACACCAAA